AUGGGAUACAAACUCACUACAUCUAGAUCUGGAACUUAUGGGCACUAUUCCUAUUUAGAUAUAGAUUGCCCUGUCAGAAGAAGUUUCAGCACUUCAAGAACACCAAGAACAGCAAAUAAUUCAACUGAUUUAUUUGACUUAGAAAGCCAGACAAAGUUUAGGGACUUGCUCGAACAUCAGAGAAAAGAACUUUCCGUGUUUGAAAGAAAUUACAUUCUCGAAAAUCAAGAUAUUGUUGAUGAAAUGUCAAACAUUGAUAAAGUUUUUGAUGUUGAUGAGCGCGAGCGGCUUCAAAUGGAAGGUCAGCUUGUGAAGCAUCAAUACAACAUGUCCAAAUUAGCACUUCAGCGGAAGCAGAAAAAAGAAAGAGAAGAAUUUUGGAAAGAAAGGAACCGUCAGAAAAACGAAAUCAUGCCUUACCAUGAGGAGAUUGCAUCCACACCGUAUAUUCAGCGACCAAGGAGCGUGGCCUUAUCUCAGAUUACGACUCCAAGAAAAAUCGACUCGUCGAUGCCAGACAUUGUUGAAGUUAAUGGGGAUGAUAUUAAUUUUGGAAAUGAGGCCGAAAAAGAAAAAUUAGAAAAUGAAAAACGUUCAAAAAUUAAGAUUCGCGAAAGGGAUGAAAUCAAACCAAUCACAGGUACAUUCCUUUCGAAUAGAUACGUAAAUCUUUCAAAGGCCAACAAAAUCGGCAAAUUCGCAAAGCCAAGAAAAUCUAUUCCCAAAUAUCCGUAUUCAUCUAGCUUAAGAUCACCUGUAACAAAGAUUUCCAAUGAUUUCAGUAGAGUUUCACAAAGUCCUGAAAUUACUAUCGGAAAUGAAAAGUUACAAUAA